AUGGGGUCUAUUCGCGAUGGUGUUAAGAUAUUCGAGCAAUGCGAGGACGAUCCUUGGCAGAGAUGCGAUGCGGAUUUGCAUAAUGCGUUGACAGAACCGGGUCGCGAGGAUUCUACUCGGUUGAUAUUCACCUCCUCCAAACCCCUGGAAGGACACAUCCCCAUCACAUUCCCCGACGGAUUCAGCUCUAUCAUCAACGACGACCUCAACGGUUCUUUCUUUUGCGACUACAUCGCCUCCGACGAUGACGACGACCAGAUCAUCCGCCACGUAUCAUGGACAUGCUUCAAAGUCAAGAUGGUCCUCAAACCAAACAAAUACGAAUGGGUCCAGACCACACUUCUGAUCGACUGGACGAUGACCGAUAACCGCCAGACAGUCCUCGUGCUGAACCUCCCCGAGCAACAACAACUUCAGAUGCAGCACAAGCUGCCACAGAUCAAAGCCCGAGUCAACCCGUUUCGUUGGCAUAUGGAGUUCUCAAGCACGCUUAUCACUCUAUACGAUGCCUCGAUCUGGUUUUUGCGAGAUCUAGUUCGAGAUAUAGAAAAGGCACGAGACAAACCAAAUCCCCCACCGCCAAACUUCCCCCACCUCCACGACAUCGGCCGCCACAUCUUCCACUCAACGGAAACGCUCGAAAUCGCCGAAAACACCGUCAAGAACAUCGUCGCCGAGCAGACCCGCUGGCGCGAAGAGUUCCCGGACUCGCGACAAAAGGGCCGAGGCGUGUACCUGCACACGCAGCAGCGACUAUACAGUCUCGCGAAGCAGGUGCACUCGCUGAAGACGAGGUCCAGGUCGUUGACCGAGCGGCUGCAUAAUGAGAUUAAUCUUGCCUUCAAUAUCGUCUCCCAACGCUAUGGCCGCGACGCGCAAUCCGACAGCGCGAUGAUGAAAACAGUCGGUGUCGUUAGUUUGGUGUAUCUGCCUGGGACGUUUGUUUCUGGCCUCUUCGGCACGAACUUCUUCGACUUCGCCCCCGGCGACGACAGCGAUUGGAAAACAGCCAGCACGUUCUGGAUGUACUGGGCGGUGACGAUCCCAUUGACGUUAGCGACGGUGGUGAUUUGGGCAUUAUGGCAUUGGCGGGUGCUGUUGAAGGAGUACUGGGGGAGGUGGAGGGAAAAGAGGAGGGAGUGCAAGCAGAGUGAAGAGGUGAUGGUGGUCGGUGGGCAGGUGAAGGGGGUUUCUGUUUAG